UACAGUAGCCUUGGUAACGACCGUUUUGUAGAUUUUAAACAAUAAUCGUAUACGGAAACGUUAAAUUAAACGAACUAUGGAUACACAAAAAAAAUUUGUUUUGACAAAUAAUAAAUUCAUAGAUAAAUUUACAUAGGGAUUUUAAAAAAACAAAAUUUUUACUAUAAAGCAAAACUAUUUGAAUGGCUGAUGGAGCAGAAAACGCAAACACUAACGUGAAACCAGAAAAAGUUGAAAGAAACAAAUCAAAAGAAAAGAAAAAGUCAAAAGAUCAAAAGCUUUCGGUAUUAGAAACGCACGGGUACACUGUUGGCCGAAGCGUGGGUAGUGGAUCAUACGCUACCGUUAAGAUUGCACAUUCCGAACGCCAUAAGUGCAAUGUGGCAAUUAAAAUUGUUUCAAAACUUCAAGAGGCGACCGAUUAUUUAGAAAAAUUCCUACCCAGAGAAAUCGAAGUGGUCAAAGGCCUUAAGCACGAUAAUUUAAUCAGAUACUAUCAAGCGAUCGAAACAACACACCGAGUUUACAUCAUUAUGGAAUACGCGGAAAAUGGGAGUUUAUUGGACAUCAUUAAAAGAGACGGUAGAAUAGACGAUAAUAGAGCUCGAAAAUGGUUUAUGGAACUUGUUAACGCUAUAGAAUAUUGCCACACAAAAGGAGUCGUACACAGAGACAUAAAAUGUGAAAACUUGUUGAUGGACACCAGUUACAAUAUCAAGUUAUCGGAUUUCGGAUUCGCUCGAAAUAAUAUGAUAAAGAAAAAUGGUCAGAUGAAAACGAGCAGCACGUUCUGUGGUAGUUACGCUUACGCGUCACCAGAAAUAUUAAAAGGCAUACCCUAUCAGCCCAAUACCUCUGACAUUUGGUCGAUCGGAGUAGUGCUUUACGCCAUGAUAUUUGGAACUCUGCCCUUUGACGAUACAACUUAUCAAAAAUUACUUAAACAAGUACAAAAGCCAGUUUCAUUCCCUCGAGACGUAAUUAUUUCCGAUUCCUGUAAACAGAUGAUAAUAAAAUUACUGGCACCGCUGAAAGUUCGUUUAAAUAUAUCAGAAAUAAAAAAUCAACCGUGGAGUCAAAUGACAGACAAAAAUCCAACCGAUAAAAAUGAGCCCGAACAAACAGUAUCUUGACGGACCGGUUGAAAAUGGAGCCAAAAGAAGAAAUUAAGUAUUAUAUACUGGUAAAACAACUCACGGAUUUAAAAUAUACACAAAUUAAAACACAUAAAUAAACUUAUAUCAAUGCAA